AUGGACUUCAUUUCUCGAAUGGAUCUUUUUGGCACCGCCCACCCCCUUCCCUCGCCCCAACCCCACCCCCAAGACGCCCCCAUUCUCCCCUCGCUUCCCCAUCACAUAACCUCUGCCAUCCUCUUCCCUUCCCUUGGGCCAUUCUUCUCUCCCCUCCCCUACCCGGGACCAUCUUCUCUCCCCUACCCGGGACCAUCUUCUCCCCUACCCGGGACCAUCUUCUCUCCCCUACCCGGGACCAUCUUCUCUCCCCUACCCGGGACGAUCCUCUCCCACUCCCCAAGGCCAUCUUCUCCCCCCUUCCCCUCCCCCUCCCCAAGGCAAUCUUACUUCCCCCUCCCCACCAGUGGGCAAUCUGGAGAGACAUGGGAUGACCCAACGGUCUGUAAGGUCUCCUCCUUCCCCAAGGCCAUCUCCCCCCCUCCACCGGGCCAUACCUCCCCCGUUCCCCAGGGCCAUCCUUUCUUAGCUCCCCAGGGGUCCGUCUCCCCCCUCUCCCCUGGGCCAUCCUCCCCCCCCCCUUCCCUUGGGCCAUCCUCUUUCCCUCCCAGGGCCAUCCUCUCUUCCCUCCCCUCUUCCCUCCCCAAGGCUAUCUCCCCCCCCUUUCCCCCGCAGGCCAUCCUCACCGAUUCCCCUCCCCGGGCCUCCUCCUCUUAG